AUGACACGGGAAAAGCUCUUCGCCGUAUUGCUUCUCGGUCUUCUCGCGAUAGCUCUUAGUUUACCUCAACAGCCGAAAUCCAAAAGGCCUACUCCAGUAUUUAAGCAACCUAAAACUGGUGGCUUGCUGCUUCCCGACAACGCAACGCUCAUUCGUGAGAACAUCGUCGACACGUUUUCGUGCAAGGACCGAAUUUACGGUUAUUAUGCCGACAUGGAGAACGAGUGCCAAGUGUUUCACGUGUGCAUGCCGCAAACGAGAAAUUCAAUUAGAUGGAGUUUCAUUUGCCCGGCCGAGACAGUUUUUAACCAAGCAACAUUCGUAUGUACACAAACGGAAAGCUCGAUACCAUGCGAGGAAUCGGAGAAAUAUUAUGUCUUGAACGAGGACAUCGGAAAGGAAGUGGAAGAAGAAGAAGAAGCCGAUCAGGACCGAGGGAAAAAAAAUGCGACGAAGAUUUUGGAACCUGAAGUAGAAACGGUGCCGAAAAAAUCAUUCCCGAAAAAUCCAAGAUUUUUAAAUGAAGAGAGGUCGCUUCAGCUUUAUUAAA